AGAGGGGAACUGUCUCUGAAUUCUGAGGGCAGCUUGCCUGCGGUGGCAUCCUUCACCUAACAGAGCUUCAAUGCUCCUCCUCCUGCCUCUGCUCUUCAAGGUACUUCUUUGCCAUGGGGCAAGCAAAGUGGCUCCACAGGUCUUAGGACCCCGUCAUUCGGCCGCAGAAGAGCCCCUCUCCUUCCACGUGCUCCAGAUCUCCUCCUUUGCCAAUCGCAGCUGGACACACACCCAGGGCUCAGGCUGGCUGGGUGAGCUGCAGACUCAUGGCUGGGACAGUGUCUUGGGCACCAUCCGCUUUCUGAAGCCUUGGUCCCAGGGUAACUUCAGCAAGGAGGAGCUGAAGAACAUCCAGGCAUUCCUGCGGUUGUACAUCCAUAGUUUCCCUCGCGAAGUGCAGGCCUUUGCCAAUCAGUUUCAGUUUCAAUACCCCUUUGAGCUCCAGGUAUCAUUUGGUUGUUUAAUUCAUCCUGGGAAGGCCUCAGAAAGCUUCUUAAAUGGGGCAUAUCAAGGAUCAGAUUUCCUGAGUUUCCAAGAAAAUUCCUGGAAACCGUCUCCAGGAGCAGGGAGUCGAGCUCAGAAUGUCUGUAAGGUGCUCAACCACUACAAAUUUAUUAAAGAAAUCAUUCAGAGCCUUCUCAGUGACACCUGCCCUCGGUUUCUGGCAGGCCUCCUUGAAGCAGGGAAGUCAGAACUGCAACGACAAGUGAAGCCAGAGGCUUGGGUGUCCAAAGGCCCCAGUCCUGGGCCUGGUCGUCUGUUGCUGAUGUGUCACGUCUCUGGCUUUCAUCCAAAACCCGUGUGGGUGAUGUGGAUGAGGGGUGAGCAGAAGCAGCCAGGCACUCAGCAAGGAGAUGUCUUGCCCAAUGCUGAUGGGACUUGGUAUCUCCAAGUAACCCUGGAUGUGGCGGCUGGGGAGGCGGCCGGCCUGAGUUGCCGAGUAAAGCACAGCAGUCUAGGAGGCCAGGACCUAAUCAUCCAUUGGGUUGGAUACUCCUACCUUCUGAUAUUGAUCUGUUUGAUGGUAAUAGUUUCCCUGGUCAUGUUGGUUAUAGUUGACUCAUCAUUUAAAGAACAGAGGAGUCGAUACCCAAGACCCCAGGGGUUCAAGACAUCAGCUCUGCUUGGCACAGGAGUGGUGGACCAAAAACAGACUCUUAAAGAAAUGAAAAUCCAACUCUGGCGUCAUUAAUUUUACCUUCCACAUAAAACCCCUUUCUGAUUUUGUUUAAACAUGACUCAUAGCUAUAAACAAAGCAUGAUUUUGUUAAAGCACCUUGUUCUGGUAGAAAUCCUCAUCCCUUUGGAAAUCUGUUUGUUUUCCCCCCAUCUUCCAGCAAUAUCUUUCUGCUUCGGCCACUCCUUCAUCACUAUUGAUCCUUCAAACUCUAAUUCAGAUGCCUCUCUCUUAAGAGAUUCCCUGGAUCGCCCAGUUGAUGGCUCUUCUCUAUGCCCCAAAUUGGACUGUUCUUCCUAAAUACACUCAUCUCUUCCUACUCCAAACAAUAAUUUUUAUGUUUUUGUGCUUUUUUCUCAUUUGCUUGAAAGCAAGAUUUAUGUGUUUGUAUUUGUGUCCAUGACCAAAAGCCUUACCUGGACCAGGGCCAGCUUCAUGGGCAGGUGACCUGUGCAGUUGUUGCCAUCUUGAAAUCCUACUCAUUUUUGAAGGAGAGAUACUGCCUUUUUAUUUUAUACUGGUCCCACAAAUUAUGUAGCUUGUUUGGCUUGAAAGGGAUAUUUCUCAAUAAA